UGUAUAUCUUUAAUCCUUUUUUUUUCUUUCUUUAUUUUAAAUUUGGAAAAUUCAACCAAUCAUAUCAUCCACGACGGCGGCAUUUGCACUGAUUUUAACAAUUCGGGGCUCUUUAUCGACAGUUAUCUGGCCAGCUCACGAAAAGAGAGGCAGAGCUUUAUCUCGAACCCCGACCGCCGUCGCCGAAUCUGGUCGGAAGCGGACGACGGACCACCGUCCUCAUCUCCAAAACAAAGUAAGUUUUUAGAAGUCGGAGAGAAUUGAAGAGGUAUAUGGUAUUGAUGGAGGGAACGACUCGGUGCUCUGCGAACUACGUUCCGCUGACUCCGAUCAGCUUCUUGGAGCGCUCUGCUUUGGUGUACGGAGAUAAUGUAUCUAUAAUCCAUGGCUCUCUCAACUUCACAUGGAAACAGACCCGUGAUAGGUGUGUCAGCCUCGCUUCUGCUCUCUCCCUCAUCGGAAUCUCUCGCCACGACGUCGUUGCUGUCUUGGCUCCAAAUAUUCCAGCAAUGUAUGAGCUACACUUUGGAGUUCCAAUGGCUGGGGCAGUCCUUUGCUCGCUUAAUACACGCCAUGAUUCAGCAAUGGUGGCAGUGCUGCUGAAACAUUCAGAGGCCAAAGUCAUAUUUGUAGAUGACCAGUUCCUUGAUAUUGCCAAGGGAGCCCUUGAGAUUCUAUCGAGGUCAGGUAUCAAGUUGCCUCGCGUAGUUGUAAUCCAUGACAGUGAUGUGAAGCAAUCGGGCACUUUUUUCAACAAAAUGUCAUCGGCACAAGGGAGUUUGGAGUAUGAGUCCUUUUUAGCAAGCGGAACAAGUGAUUUUGAGAUAAUAUGGCCAAAUGAUGAAUGUGAUCCAAUAGCUCUGAAUUAUACUUCAGGCACAACAUCUAGUCCUAAAGGAGUUGUUUAUAGCCAUAGAGGAGCCUAUCUUAAUGCUCUGGCUGCAGUUCUUCUCAGCGAGAUGACCUCAAUGCCAGUCUAUUUAUGGGUUGUUCCUAUGUUUCAUUGCAAUGGUUGGUGUCUUACUUGGGGCGUGGCAGCACAGGGCGGAACAAAUGUUUGUUUGAGGAGCGUCACAGCAAAAGGAAUAUUUGACAAGAUAGAUCAUCAUAAUGUAAGCCACAUGGGUGGAGCACCUACAGUUUUAAACAUGAUAAUAAAUGCACCACCAGAUGUUAAGAGGCCGCUUCCAAGAAAGGUUGCAGUCAUGACAGGUGCUGCACCACCCCCUUCUCAUGUUCUCUUCAAGAUGGAGGAGCUAGGAUUUGUAAUCAUUCACUCGUAUGGUUUAACCGAAACAUAUGGUCCAGGAACAAUAUGUGUGUGGAAACCCGAGUGGAAUUCUUUACCGCCUAAUGCUCGGGCAAAACUCAAGGCCCGUCAAGGAUUACACCACAUUGGCAUGGAGGUGGUAGAUGUUAAGGACCCUGCAACAAUGAAGAGUGUGCCACCAGAUGCGAAAACACUAGGUGAAGUGAUGUUCAGAGGCAACACGGUGAUGAAUGGGUAUUUCAAAGAUUUGAAAGCGACAGAAGAUGCUUUUAAAGGUGGGUGGUUUCGAAGUGGUGACUUGGGAGUGAAACACCCUGAUGGCUACAUAGAGUUGAAGGAUCGAUCAAAAGACAUCAUUAUUUCAGGCGGAGAAAACAUUAGCACAAUUGAGGUGGAGUCCGUAAUUUUUAGCCAUCCAGCUGUUCUUGAGGCGGCUGUGGUGGGUAGACCAGAUGAUCACUGGGGUGAGACAGCUUGCGCAUUUGUUAAGCUUAAAGAUGGAUAUAAUGUGAGCGCCAAUGAAAUUAUCAAGUACUGUCGGGAUCAUUUGCCACAUUACAUGGCUCCAAAAACUGUGAUUUUCAAUGAUUUGCCUAAAACCUCAACAGGGAAGACACAGAAGUUCAUUCUCAGGCAAAGGACCAAAGCUAUGGGAAGUCUUUCAAAAUCAAGCAGACUCUGAGGUACAUCUGUCCUACAACUCUAAGCUGAGGCUUUAACAUUGUUUGAAAUAUAGAAUUGUUUGUAAGAAAAUGCGCUAAUGGCUAAUAAUAAUGCAGUUGUAAUGACAUUGUUCUUAAUACAUGCAUGUAGUGUUCUUAUUAUUAUCUUUA